UUGAUAAUUCCAAUUAUCCAAAAAGAUUUUCUAUUGACCCUUUCUAAUUCUAUAGCCAGUACGACUCCCCGUUCAUACUCGCACCACAUUUCGCCCGCGAAAUGGCAUUCUCUCGUCUAUCUUUAGUUUAAUUCAUUUUCCCUCUACCCAAAUUCACACAAAAUCCAAAUUCCGAUGGCGCUUUUCGUCCACCCACCAGAGAUUUCUGCCGUGAAAAGUAUUUUUAACCCUAAUCCCUACCCUCACGUCAUCAAAAGCCUCUCGGUGUUUAGGAGUGAUGAGAGGAUUCGGUCUAGGGCUAGGACUGGAGCUAGGAUCGCUUUUAGAGGUUGUGAGGCUAGGGUUUCGCAGUCGAAUCAAAACUUGUUGUUGUACGGUCAAUUUUCGGCUCCAGUUAAGCAAGAAAGCAAACAGGAAGAGGAGAAGCAAGAUUACUAUGUAAAUAUGGGCUAUGCGAUUAGGACUUUGAGAGAGGAGUUUCCAGAGCUCUUUUAUAGGGAGCUCAGUUUUGAUAUCUACAGGGAUGAUAUCGUGUUUAAAGAUCCACUCAAUACUUUUGUUGGCAUUGAGAACUACAAAUCAAUCUUUUGGGCUCUGCGAUUCCAUGGAAAGAUAUUUUUCAGGGCUUUGUGGGUCGAUGUCAUCAGUGUGUUGCAACCUGUGGAGAAUGUCAUAAUGGUUCGAUGGACUGUGCAUGGCAUUCCUCGAGUCCCAUGGGAGAGUCGUGCCCGAUUUGAUGGCUUAUCCGAGUACAAACUUGACAAGGAUGGGAAAAUCUUUCAGCACCGGGUUGACAACGUGGCGCUCAAUUUACCUCCAAAGUUUCGUGUGUUGGCUGUGGAAGAACUACUCCAAUCUGUUGGUUGCCCCUCAACUCCUAAACCAACUUAUUUUGAAGUUUCAUCUUUUUCUUCAGAGAGAGAAUAUAGCUCCUGAAGUUCUAAAUUUUGCUGUCUGUUGGAGUAAAUAUUGAGCUUGGUCACCAUCUUCACUGUAUAAAGCUUGCCUUUGGUUUCCCAGGAGGCACGGGCUAUAUCAAAUAUGGAUGCUGGUUGUUAAUUUUGUCCGUGGAUUUCCUGUCCCGUGUAAGAUUGUAUAAAUCUUGUAUAUAUCAAUAUGCGAGUUAGGUUUGAAGAAGCUUAAGCCUAUCCCUAGAUGGACAAACAUAUUAGUUCAUCCCCCACCCCUCCCCCUCCUCAGCUGCAUUGUCUAUGAACAAGAAGGCUAUAAGUAAUAUAAUUAAGAAUCUCAUAGGGAAUAUGAGCACCGGUAAUGUUGAUUGUUCCA